AUGAGAAAAAGAGGGAUGGCAGACAACAUUCCUAAUUUUGAGAUGCAAGUAGAGAUCAUGAAAAAGCUUCCUGUGAAAUCACUGGCUGUGUUCAGAUCGGUAUCGAAAGCAUGGAAAUCAAUGAUCGACAGCCCUCUCUUUAUUAAGAAUUACAACUUAUGCCCGCAUCAUCAUUUUUUUAUAAUGUGCGAUGUCGACACUACUGAAUUUAAAUAUGUUGAAAAUGACGAAUUUGACAAUGUUUGUAAUGUUCGCGUGUGGUUUCAACGACUUGAAAGACUAAAACUCGUUGGUACGUCGAAUGGAUUGUUAUGUGUAUCCGGCUAUUCGUUUGAGGAUGGUUGUGAGAAGAACAAAUCUGUGAUCUGGAAUCCGUCACUUAGAAAAUCCAUUGCUGUUGAUGUGCCUUAUCUGUAUGCUGUUUUAGGUUUUGGGGUUCGUCCUGAUAGUUUUGACCCUGUGAUUGUAAUGAUCAAUAACCCGGUUAUGGUAUGA